UGGGUGGUUUGCCUCCCAGGCUCCCAAGUCUUCUGUGUAACCAUACAUUUUCGACCCCGCCUUUUUGAGUCCAUCCUGGUAGGAGAAACUACAUUCUCGGCCCAAGCCACUCCAACUACCUAGAUCUUCGGUGUGUGACCAUCCACCAACCGCCCGAAACCCAUAUCGGAGCACACAGCCGCAAUGGCGGUGCAGCAAGUUGUCCCCCUCCGUUACAACGAUCCACGGGCUCUCGACAAGGAGCUCAAGAUGCUUUUUGGCGAUGGGAACUAUGCGGUCGAUUUUGAAAUGGGCCAGUUCAUUCUCACUGCGCCUCGCCAGCUAACUGAGAACGAGAUUGCGCAUAUAAAAAGCAAGCAGCGACACUACAAGCGGCGAUCAAACCGCGGGAAUGAGGUACUCAAGGUACUGGAUGUAGUAACUAUGGAAUCAUGGCGGUAGGCGCCUGUCCAACUUUGCACCUCUGCAGGCUGGGGUCAAUGUUUGCGGUCCAGUCCGCGUAGGCUCCCUCG